AAGAAGGGGGCCAGGGUGGACAUGGUGCGCUGCCUUCCCUCCAGGCGCACUGUCACAUCGUGCGGUCGCAGCAGCCUGGAGUAGGGUUUCCAUACCUCCGCCCCCCCUCCGACUACUGACUUUGUGGGUUAUUUUUGGUUUUCGAUUUGUGUGGUGACUCGCUUCUCGUGAAGAGUCACGCUCCAGGAGAAGCCACAUCUGCGAAGUCGUCUUGGUAUCUGUACUCGUAACGUUUCUGUGGUUUCGUUGCGUGUAUUUGGAGACUUAGGGUUUUCCGUUGUUGCUGUUAUUCGUGGUAGGCGCUGUGAGAUCUUGUGUGUGUCUGUGUGUGUGUGUGCGUGCGUGGGUUGGGAGCGGUAGAAGUGGUGAGAGGGCUGGUAAUUUGUGGUUCAGGAAAUGUCGACACCUGAACACUCGAGGGAGCCAUGCCCCGAUCGGAUAUUGGACGACAUAGGGGGCGCGUUUAGCAUGGGAGCGGUCGGGGGAUCUGCGUGGCAUUUCGUGAAGGGCAUGAAGAAUUCGCCGAAAGGGGAGCGGGUGUUGGGUGGGACGCAGGCUGUGCGUCUGAACGCCCCCCGAAUUGGAGGUAGCUUCGCCGUAUGGGGGGGUUUGUUUAGUACCUUCGACUGCUCCAUGGUUUAUCUGCGGCAGAAAGAGGAUCCGUGGAAUUCGAUUGCGGCAGGAGCGGCCACCGGAGGGUUUUUGCAACUUAGGGCGGGCGCGCGAUCGGCUACGAGGUCGGCGAUCUUUGGAGGUUUAUUGUUAGGGUUGAUAGAGGGCGCUUCGAUUAUGUUGAACAGGGUGAUGGCCAAUGUAGCGCAGCCACCGAUGGAGGAGAUGCCUCCGAUGGCUGGAGCUUCUGCGGGGCUGGGAUAUCCUAGUGGAGCAUAUGCUGGGUAUGCUGGUGUCGGUGGGCCUUCUACGGCACAAUUUCCACAAUCGUAUCAGGAUCAAAGUACGGCACCAGCGCCCGAGACUUCUAGUGAGGGAGGAGGGUUCUUUGGUAGUUGGUUUGGAGGUAAGAAAGAAGAGUCUCAGCCAUUGAGGAGUGAGAAGCUAGACAGCUUCGAUGGUAAUUCCAAGCCUCCGACACCCGGUUUUGACCUGAAGUAAAGUUCUUUCUAUUUUUUUCUUUCUGAUAUCGUUUUAAGAUUAGCUUUUAAAAACUUUUGUAGCGGAGCGUAUGCCCUUUCAGCAGACAGGUGAGGUUGCUUCAAAUGUUAUUGGGUGAUUUUCAUCACUGAAAUGCAGUUUUGAUAUCACGGAAUACGGCAUUGAAAUGCAUGUCGUCUAAUUUUGCCUUCA